CAAAAUUACUAAUUUUGGAAAAUGUGACAAUGAACCAGGAAACAACCCAUGAAGAUCCAACUCGACUCAGUAUAAUGGAGUUUCUUGAACUUCCACACAACUGUCAAACUUUACUCUCUACUUCCAAUCUAAUCCUUUUCUCUCUUUUUUCCUUUUCUUGACUCUCCCUCUGAAAACCUAACUCUCAAGCUGUCUACCCAAUAACUAAUUUCAGUGCCAUUACAGUUCAAGAUCUGAGUUCCUAAGCACUUCUUAGAGAUAAAGAAAAAUGUCUUCUUUCAUUAUUUUCUUUCUAACAUUGCUCUCAAUUCGACAAUGCAGUGGCCGUGUUUUCACAUUUGAAAUGCACCACCGUUUCUCUGAAACUGUCAAGAAGUGGUCACUGCAGAAAAUAGGUGGUCCACUUCAUAAUUGGCCGGUCAAAGGAAGUCUUCAGUACUAUACUCAGUUGGCCAACCACGAUAAGUUGUUACAUGGUAGGAGGCUUUUCAAAUUUGACGGACCACUUACUUUCUCUGAUGGCAAUUCCACUUUCCGGAUCAGCUCUCUUGGAUUCCUGCAUUACACUACGGUGACAUUGGGGACACCGGGGAUGAAGUUUCUUGUGGCGCUUGAUACUGGGAGUGAUUUGUUUUGGGUGCCUUGUGAAUGCGGCAAAUGUGCUUCUACUGAUGAUCCUACACUUUACAGCUCUGAUUUUGAGCUUAGCAUAUACAGCCUGAACGGUUCUUCAACUAGCAAGCAGGUCACCUGCAGUAAUAGCUUGUGUACAGAGCGCAAUAAUUGCCUUGGUGUAUAUAGCCACUGCUCUUAUUCAGUGUCCUAUGUCUCCUCGGAAACUUCAACUUCAGGAAUUUUAGUGGAUGAUAUUCUACACUUGAGAACAGAAGACAAUGAGGAAACAUUUGUCCAGGCGCGUGUGAUCUUUGGUUGUGGACAGGUGCAGACUGGUUCUUUUCUAGAUGUUGCAGCUCCAAACGGUUUAUUUGGUCUUGGGCUUGAGAAGAUAUCAGUCCCUAGUAUUCUGUCUCGAGAAGGUUUUAUGUCAGAUUCCUUCUCCAUGUGCUUUGGUCAUGAUGGGGCAGGACGAAUUAGUUUUGGAGACAAGGGUAGCUUUGACCAGGAAGAGACCCCUUUUAAUAUAAACCCAUUACACCCAACGUAUAACAUUUCUGUAGAUCAAAUACGCGUCGGAACAACUCACAUUGAUUCAGGUUUUACAGCACUUUUUGAUACCGGAACCUCCUUUACAUAUCUUGCUGACCUAUCCUAUACAAAGCUUACAGAGAGUGUAAGUAUCCUUUUCAAAUGGUGCUUAUUUGUAGACAUUGUUAGACAAUGUUUAAGAUUCAAAUGUCUUCUUCCUCAACAGUUCCAUUCUCAAGUAUUAGACAAGCGGCGCCCACCUGAUCCUAGGAUCCCUUUUGAAUAUUGUUAUGAUAUGAGUCCUGAUGCAAAUACAAGCUUGAUUCCUAGUUUAAGCCUAACUAUAGAAGGGGGAGGCCAACUUGUUGUCUAUGAUCCAAUUAUUGUUAUAUCCAUGCAGGGUCAACUCGUGUAUUGCCUGGCCGUUGUGAAGAGUCAAGAUCUAAAUAUAAUUGGACAAAACUUCAUGACUGGAUACCGCUUUGUGUUUGAUCGAGAAAAGGCCAUUCUCGGUUGGAAGAAGUUUGAUUGUUAUGAGAUUGAAAAAAUAGACCAUUUCCCUUCAGAAGCCGUUAAUACUACUCGUGUGCCACCUGCUGUUGCUGUUGGGCCUGGAAAUGAUGAUGCAGAAAAAUCAGAUGAAAGGACUACAAAUACUCCUCAAAGUUCUUUUGCAUCAUCAGUUUAUCAAACAUUUUAUUGAUAAACUGCUACCUAGCAUCUCUAACAAUGCUACUUUUAUAAUAGCUACUAUAUGCUCAUUGUUACUGACCUUUUGGCAGCUAGAUGUGGUUGAAGUUCUCAGAAUUUAGGUAUGUUUCUUAGCACUUUAGCACAUAGUGCGGAUAACAACCUUGUAAAGCUCCAAUAUGGUCGGAAGUUUUUUCUUUGCCUGUUCAUAUUUGAUUUCGAGGCUAACCCAUUUAAUGUAAAUACAUACAGAAAAGUUAUAUUUCUUCCGAGCCAAACCUUAUGCUUGUGGUUAAGACAUGGCAAUAUGGUAGCUAAUGUACAUUAUGAUUGCAAUAGAGCAGUGAGAUUGUAUGGAGCCA